AUGCCUGGUCAAAAUGAAGCAGUGACAGAGAAACCAACAAAAACUUACGGAAAGAGAAAAAGUAAAGUGCCGCAUCGUAAAAAUAUAAAAGUCAUUUCAAAUGCAAAUUCUAUUUUGAACAAUCGAAUGGGAAUCUCAAAACAGACAGGCUCUAAUAAUCGCAAAGUCAAAUUUCUAUUACCGAGUAUCACAAAGAAAAAAUUCCAAAAGAAUAAGACUGAUAAAAGAAUCAGACCGCAAAAAUCUAGAUAUUUUGAAGGAAUGCUAGUUGGGUCAUUUCUAGGAGCAGCGAUAACUUCAAUGAUCUCCAAAAUAAUAUCAGAAAACAUCAGCUAG